AUGUCAAUACUUUACGGUGUGACGCUAUGGGCUUUCAUAUCUUACGCAGCUGCCGAAUUGAAGAAAUGUGUUGUGGGCACCAGCCCAAGUUUGAAGUGGCAACAAGUAGACAAAGCUGUCUGUCGCUUCCAACUUAUAUACGACACUAUAGAAUGCAAUGACAAGUACACGAUUCGCUACUCUGAUGCGCAGAAUGUUAUGCCUGGUGUUGAGACAGAAAUGGUGGGCAGCUCCUGCCAAUUUUCGGAGCUGUCUGUUGAUUGUCUUUGUCUUGGAAGCGGUUGCAACAGCCCAAAUAAUAUCAAGAACAUUUUUAUCAAGCAGAUUGGAAGGACCAACUCAUUGCCGGAAAUACGUAGCAUGCUAUGCUUUUUGACGAAUGGAGAUUUAUACGGCAACAGAACGACAACGUCAUCUUCUCCUCCUUUGGCUACUAUACAAGAUGAGCACGAAAGCUCGACUACCACAACUACCUUGGACACAACGACAGAGCUCACAACCACGACAGAGAGGAAAUGGAUCGUAUACACACGUGAGAGAAAACGGACAGAACAACCUGUACAAAAGACAAAAAUGGUAGCGUUGAAGAAUAAUUGUAGCGUGGAUGCUACAGGUAGUGCUGAUAAACCUCGGAGUGAAAAAGCUUUGGCUGAUAGCGAGAAACCAACGAUUCAUGUGGCACAGAAGAAUAAUGUGACACCAAUAGUGUUGUACGUAUUGUUUGGACUGCUCCUACUUCUUCUAUUUUGUGCGAAUGUAGUGUUUUUCACACUAGUGUUUGUUUAUAUGAAGAAAGAGACAGAAGAAAGAACUAAAUCAUUGAAGCAUGACAUAAGAGCGUUAAGCAAAUCGGAAGACGCUUAG